UCACGCUCCCAACACAUGGCCAUAAAGUGUAUGUCACAGGCCGAAGUAAUCGCCAGUCGCUUUGAAACAAUUGGUUGUGGUGUGUACCAGGUGGCGCGGACUUUGCUGUGUUGCGCCUCCAAAGAAGUGACCAUGGAUGCACAAGAGAAGCUUCCGAAAUCGGAAACUGUACGGUUGCGGAAACGCCACGUGGGGCAAUCGUGCAAGCUGUUUUACCGAGCUGACCCCCUCAAGAUCGUCAGGGCGGUGGGUCAGUACAUGUACGAUGAGAAAGGUGGGCAGUACUUGGAUUGCAUCAACAAUGUAGCCCAUGUUGGCCACUGUCAGCCAGACGUGGUGAAGGCGGCAUGUGACCAGUUGGCAGUCCUCAAUACAAACAACCGUUUUCUGCAUGACAAUCUGGUGAUCUGCGCUCGUAAGCUGACUAGUCUGAUGCCCGCACCACUAUCAAUCUGCUUCUUUGUGAAUUCUGGCUCGGAAGCAAAUGAUUUGGCACUUCGCCUGGCGAGGAGUCACACCAAGAACCAUGACAUCAUUACUCUGGAUCAUGCAUACCAUGGCCACCUUACGUCCCUGAUUUCUAUCUCACCUUAUAAGUUUAAUCUUCCAGGAGGCAGUGGGAAAGCAGAAUGGGUUCAUGUGGCGUCCUGUCCAGAUGUGUACCGUGGGAAAUACAGGGCUGUGGACUAUCCGGGGCAGGAUAUGGGCAAGAUGUACGCAGAUGAAGUGCUUGACAUCUGCAAGAAAGCACGUGGCGGUGGACACACUAUUGCAGCAUUUAUUGCAGAGAGUCUUCAAAGCUGUGGGGGUCAAAUUAUUCCUCCAGAUAAUUACUUGCGUAAUGUGUACAGAUAUGUGAGAGAGGCAGGUGGAGUCUGCAUUGCAGAUGAGGUGCAAGUUGGAUUUGGUCGCGUUGGCAAGCACUGGUGGGCUUUCCAACUUCAGGGGGAGGAUAUUGUUCCUGAUAUUGUGACAGUGGGCAAACCAAUGGGCAAUGGACACCCUGUAGCAGCUGUCAUUACAACUCUGGAGAUUGCUCAAAGCUUCAAGGAGAGUGGCAUUGAAUAUUUUAAUACGUAUGGUGGAAACCCAGUGUCAUGUGCGGUUGCCAUUGCUGUAAUGGAUGUUCUGGAACGACAGAGGCUUCGUGAACAUGCUACUAGAGUCGGAAACCAUCUACUCAAUUCUCUGCGACAACUGGCACUAAAGCAUCUCAUUAUUGGAGAUGUGAGAGGUGUGGGGCUAUUUAUAGGCAUAGAAUUGGUUGAAGACAGAGAAAACAGGAUACCGGCAACAGCAAAGGCACAGCAUAUAGUGUCAAGGAUGAAGGAAGAAUAUAUACUUGUGAGCUCAGAUGGUCCUGACAGGAAUGUACUGAAGCUGAAACCUCCUUUGGUUUUCUGUCAAGAGAAUGCUGACCAUUUUGUUAAGAUUUUGGAUGAAGUUCUCACAGAAAUGAAUGAUGAUGAGGUUACAAUGGAAGCAGGUUCUCCCCAGAGACAAAAGAAGGCAAAUCAUCCAGAAUUUGAGAAUUCACCAAAUGAGAAAAAGAUUAAAAUUGAUGAUCAACAGUCAGAGAAGAUCAUAAAAGUCUGAAACAGACUUCUGCAUCUCUCUGUCAUAUAUUAUGUCUUAAUUUGUGUAAUGUUUCUUCAGUUGGUUACUGAAUGGUGCUGUCAGUAUCAACAUUAGAACAUGAUGUUAUUUAUAUGACUUUUACAGAAACAAAUAUUUUUUCUUUUAUUGUGACAACAUAAUUUUUUAUCAAGUUGAAUACAUGUGAGUAUAUAGUACAAAUUAUACCCUUUUAACAGGAAUUUGAUAUAGCACAUUAAUCUUUUGCCAUAUGCAGCACAGUUGAAUGCAGUUAAUUUGAAUGUCCUCCACCACAUUUAACUUAAAAAAACUAUGUUAAAAAAACAUAGUGUAUAAAGGAAAUGUAAAUUAUCAGGGUAAAGUUAAUUUAUAUAGUACAGAAAAGGGUUAAUGUGGCUCAACUCAAGAUGGUAAUGUUUGUUAUAUUUUCUCAGUAUUAAGCUAUGUGUGUACAUGAACAGUGAUUUGUAAAAUUAAUUUUAUUAAUAUCCCUUGUUAUAGAUGUGGACAGUACAUCAGCUCUUCAUAGAUUUCAAGAAAGCCUAUGAUUCAUUUAGGAGGGAAGUAUUGUACAGUGUUCUCAUAAUUUUUGGGUGCACAUGAAACUGGUUAGGCCCCAGUUACUUUACCCCCUGAGGAAAAAGCCUCGGGUACCCAUUGGAGAAGAGCCUGGGUGGGCCCUGUAUCUGGUCUCUGCACUGUGAAGUAAGGAAAGAGCUCUUGCUUCUGUUGGGAAUUGAACUACAGCCAUCCAGCUCUUAGCCUGUUGGUAUACCGACUGAAGAAUUAUCUGGUUAUUGAUGUAAGAGACAAUAAAGCCUAUGAAUCCUGA